AUGGAAAUCGCAGAGUGUCGAAGCUGGUGCUUCGCUCCCUCUGGGCGCUCUCGGCCAUGUCCUGCUGCUCCUUGUCCAGAACAUCCUAAAAGGAGACAUUCCAAGGAUAAAAUUCCAGCUGUCAGAAUAAACAGAGGCAGACGAGCCCGUAGCCGGGGAGGAUUUGUUGUGAGCAGGAUCUGUGGGAAUCCUGGGAAUGCUGCGGGAUGGAGCCCGACACAGGAGCUCUGCAGGCUUUGUAUUCCCUGGUUUUUGCAUCCCUCCAGCUACUGCAUCCCCCCUCGAUAUUCCAACCACUCCAGCCCCGGUAUUUCAUCCCCCCAGCUAUCCCAUCCCCCCAGGUAUCUCAUCAUCCCCCCGGGCAUUGAAUUCCCCUCUCUGGGUGUUCCAUCCCCUCCUGGGUAUUCCAUCCCUCUUCGGGGACCAAAUUCCACACAUUUCUCCCCCCGGCUUUGUAUUCCCUGGCUAUCGCUUCCCGGUAUUUCAUCCCUCCCGGGUAUCGCGUCCCCGGGAUCCCGAAUCCCCCCCCCGCGUCCCGAAUAUUCCCCUGGAUCCCGAAUAUCCCUCAGGGUCCCAAAUAUCCUCCUGGGUCCCAAAUUCCCCCCGGGUCCCAAAUAUCCCCCCGGGUCCCGGAUAUACCGUCGGGUCCCGAAGCCACCCUGGGUCCCGAAUCCCCUCCCCCCCCCCGAUCCCGGAUAUCUCCCGGGUCCCGAAUCCCCCCCUGAUCCCGAAUCCCCUCCGGGUCCUGAAUCCCCCACAGGUCCCGAAUAUUCCCCCGGGUCCCGAAUAUCCCCCCGGGUCCCGAAUAUCUCCCCAGGUCCCGAAUCCCCCCCGGGUCCCGAAUAUCCCUCCGGGUCCCGAAUAUCCCGCCGGGUCCCGAAUAUCCCGCUGGGUCCCGAAUAUCCCGCCGGGUCCCGAAUAUCCCCCCGGGUCCCGAAUAUACCCCUGAUCCCGAAUCCUCCCCAGGUCCCGAGUACCCCCGGCUCCCGAAUCCCCCCGGGUCCUGACCCCCCUUCCCUCGGAGCGCAUCCCGUCCCUCCCCAUCUCCCCAUCCCGGCAGGGCGGCGCAUCCCUCCGGGUGGCCCCGUGUCGAAAGCGAAAGCGAAACCCUUCCUUGCCCCGGCGGGACAGCCCGGGCAGCGCCCCGGGGCCCCCUCGGAGCCGGAGCCCCUCCAGGCCGCGGAGCUGCCCCCGAGCCGCUCGAUGGCGCGGCCGCUGCUGCCGCUGCUGCUCUGCGGGACCUUCUCUCUGCUGCUGCUGCUGCUGCUGCUGCUCCGCGCCGCCGCCGACACCGGCUGCUCCCUGGGAUAG